AUGUCUUCAACACCGUCAACUUCUAUCGAUGAACCAACAACAUUAACAAACAGCAAUACCGAUAAAAAUAGAAAAGAUUAUGGAGCCAAUAAAUGUCUGCAAGUGCUUUGCACUCGUUCACUUCUCUGCAGCGCUAGCUAUUUUGGUCUUGCUUACUUCAUCCAAGGCGUCACUGACAUUGCAUCGGGAUUUGUUAAUUUACCAUUACAAACUAUCUUGAAAGAUAAACUUCAGUUAUCACCAUCACAGAUGGGAACAUUUUUCUUUUCGUGUACAGUUACCUGGUCAAUUAAACCAUUGUAUGGUCUUCUGAGUGAUUUUGUACCGAUCUGUGGUUAUCAUCGUUUGAUUUAUCUUCUGAUGACUACGAUGAUCAAUUUAUGUGCAUGGGUGGCUCUCUACUUUGUUCCAAUUGAAUACAAUUAUUUGCUUUUUUUCUGUGUCUUAGCAGCAUUUUCACUCGCCUUCAACGACGUUCUGAUUGAUGCAUUGAUGAUAUCCGUUGGUCGACCAUUAGCGCUGAUUGGUACAUUACAAGCUAUUCAACAAACAUCGGCGAAACUUGCUGCAACUGUUUCACAAAUUCCAGCAGGAAUUUUAGCUUCCUACUCUGUAACUAAUCAAACAACAGUUAAUAGUACAUUGAAGCAUUCUAACAGAUUUCAUAAUUCAAAUAAAUAUAUUUUCUUAAUUGCUUCUGUCUGUCCGAUUAUAUUAUUUUUUGCCACAUUGAUUUCAGUACGUGAACGUCGACGCAAGUUAAAUCGAAAUAAUUUCGCUCAAACAUGGUCCAGCUUAAAAGCUAUUUUCAAAUAUAAACGAUUUUGGUUAAUUACUAGUUUUCUUUUUAUUUAUUCAGCAUCGCCACAAAUAAAAACGGCCUUAUUUUAUUAUCAACGAGAUGUGUUACUUUUUAAUCCGUUUUAUGUUUCAAUAUUGAAUACACUUUACAAUGGUUGCGGUAUUCUCUCCGCUUUACUCUACUUAUCAAUAUUUUCCCAUUAUCCUACGAAACGUGUACUUCGUAUUGCAAUAGUCAUGCGAAUGUUUGCUGUUGCAUCCUAUCUGUUUGCGACAGACGGGAUCACUUCGAUCUGUGUUGCCAUUUUUACAGGCUUUUGUUCUGAAAUAACAAACUUAGCCUUGCUUCAUCUCGCAGCAAAAUCAUGUCCAAAAAACAUCGAAGGUACUCUAUUUGCAUUGUUCGUUUCCUGUGUCAAUUUCGGUGCAGCAACUGGUGAUUGGCUCGGCUCAAUGAUAUACGAAUAUUUAGGUUUUAUUGCUCUUAUUAUCAUCGCAAUUAUCUGGAUUGGCACGACUAUAUUAGCAACGUGUCAUAUUGGCGAAUAUGGAAUCAAAUCCACGCUAGAUGAUGACGAUGAAGAAAGUGAUGACAAAUACCAUUACUAUGAUGUUACAGUAAAAAGUACAGACAUAGUUGAAGAUGAAGAAUUCGAAGAAACAGAUUCCGACAGAACUUCUAAAGACAUCAUCGAAAAAGUAGUUAUGAUUUGA